UAUCAGACUUGGUCCUUACUUGAAAAUUAUAUUUCCAACCAAAUGAAGCACUCUUGUCUGCAUUCCAAGUGGAUUUUGUUUAUAUUCUUUCACGGAAAUCUUCUUUUGUUUAUGAGCUCAAGUUUGAAAUCUGCAACAAUUCCAGCUUUUGAAGACGAAUCUGAUCGCUUGGCUCUGCUUGACUUCAAGAAUGGGAUUAGUAAAAACCCACUUCAAAUCAUGAGCUUUUGGAAUGACUCCAUCCAUUUCUGCAACUGGUUUGGUGUUACAUGCAGCCCCUCCACUAAAAGAGUCAUGGUUCUCAACCUUGAAGAUCAAAGAUUGGUUGGCACAAUAACACCUUCUGUGGGAAAUCUUACUUACCUUACUAGAAUCAACUUGGGAAAUAACAACAUCUAUGGUGAAAUUCCUCAAGAAAUGGGAAGGCUACGGCGUUUGCAACAUGUCAACUUGAGUUACAAUUCUCUUGGUGGGAACCUUCCAACUAAUCUAAGUUACUGUACAAAACUUAGAGUGCUUCAUGUUGGUAGCAACAAAUUUGUUGGGCAGAUUCCAGAGCAGUUUAGUUUAUUGUCAAAGUUGGUUUACCUGAAUCUUGGUGUGAAUAACCUUACAGGUACUAUCCCAGAGUGGAUAGGGAACUUUUCUUCUUUGCAUAGUCUUUUCCUUCUCCUGAACCAUCUAGAAGGGAGCAUACCUAAUGAGCUUGGCUGUCUAUCAAGCUUAGGACUUUUUCAACUUUAUGGGAAUAAUCUGUCUGGUACUAUCCCUCCUCUGAUUUAUAAUAUAUCUUCCAUAUACUAUUUCUCUGUUACUCAAAACCAACUGCAUGGAAGCCUUCCACCAGAUGUUGGCCUUACUCUUCCUAAUCUUGAAAUAUUUUUGGGCGCUAUUAAUAGUUUCACAGGACCAAUUCCCGUGUCAUUGUCAAAUGCUUCUAGGCUUACCGUGCUCGACUUUUCUGAAAAUAGUCUCACUGGGACGGUGCCUCAAAAUCUAGCAACUUUACGUGGCUUGGUUAGACUUAAUUUCGAAGGAAAUAGACUUGGAAAUGGGAAAGUUGGUGACCUGAGUUUUCUUGGUUUCUUGGCUAACUGUACUAGUUUGGAGGCCCUAGGUCUUGCUCGUAAUCAAUUUGGUGGAGUACUACCAAACCUCAUAGCCAACCUUUCCUCCCAGCUGAGUUUGCUUACUAUGGGUGGAAAUAUGAUACACGGAGGCAUCCCCAUUGGGAUUGAGAACCUUGUAAACUUGACCCUUCUAGCAUUAGAAGGUAAUUAUUUGGGUGGUCCCCUCCCGAAUGCUCUUGGGAAGCUGCAGCAGUUACAGGUACUAUCUUUAGAGUAUAACAAAUUUUCAGGACCCAUCCCUUCCUCCUUAGGGAACUUAACUAAAUUGACAAAGCUCCUUAUUAGUGAGAACAUAUUUCACGGAAGUAUACCCACAAGCCUAGGAAAUUGCCAAAACUUGCUUCAACUACACCUUUAUAAUAACAAUCUCAAUGGUACCAUACCAAAACAAGUUAUUGGUUUUCCUUCCUUUUUAAUUUUUGUGGACAUGUCUCACAAUUCUUUGACGGGAACACUACCAUUUGAAGUGGGUUACUUAAAAAAUCUUGAGAAGUUAGAUCUCUCAGAGAAUAGAUUAUCAGGUGAAAUUCCUUCUUCCCUUGGUAAUUGUAUUAGUUUGGAAAGUUUGAAUUUGGAGGGUAACUCAUUUGGAGGAGCAAUUCCUCCAUCUUUGAAAACAUUAAGAGGUCUAGAAGAAAUUGAUCUUUCUCGCAAUAACUUGUCAGGACAGAUUCCUGAAUUUCUUAGUAGGUUUUGGUCACUUAAGCAUCUCAAUCUUUCUCAUAAUGAUCUCGAAGGGAAAGUACCAAGUGAAGGGAUUUUUUUGAAUGUAAGCGCAAUUUCAAUAUUUGGAAAUAAUAAGUUAUGCAGUGGUGUCCCAGAAUUACUUCUUCCCAAAUGCUACAAAAAGAGUCCACGUUCAUCCAUGAAAUACCUCGCACUCAAAGUAGCAAUUCCUGUCAUAUUGGUACUUGUUUUGUUGUGUUUUUUCCUCACAUGUUGGAUGAUUAAAAAUUGGAGAAAGAGACCUAUGGCAGCAGCUUCUUUACAGGAUCAACGAUUGACCUGCAUAUCUUAUGCAGAACUCCAAGCAUCAACUAAUGGUUUCUCUGGGAACAAUUUGAUCGGUUCAGGUAGUUUUGGUUCUGUAUACAAAGGAGUUCUUUCUAGCAAUGGAGCAGUUGUUGCAGUUAAAGUGUUAAACCUUCAACAGCGAGGAGCUUCCAAGAGUUUCAUUGAUGAAUGCAAUGCUUUGAGAAGUUUACGCCAUCGUAAUCUCCUUAAGAUUAUCACUUCUUGCUCAAGCAUUGAUCAUCAGGGGAAUGAAUUUAAGAGUCUAGUUUUUGAGUUCAUGUCAAAUGGAAGCCUAGACCAGUGGCUGCAUCCUAUUCCUAUAGAAAAUGAGAAUCGUGAAUGCAAGAGAUUGAGCUUUAUUCAAAGACUAAACAUAGCCAUAGAUGUUGCUUAUGCAUUGGAAUAUCUUCAUCUCCAUUGUGAAACACCGAUUGUUCACUGUGAUGUAAAGCCAAGCAAUGUCCUCCUCAAUGAAGAUAUGGUCGCCCAUGUUGGCGACUUUGGAUUAGCGAAGUUCGUCUUUGAAGCAUCUGAUAAUCCCUCAAAAAAUCAAGCCAUGUCAGAUUGCUUGUCAGUUGCGCUAAAGGGUUCCAUUGGGUACAUUCCUCCAGAGUACGGAAUGGGUGGCCAAAUUUCCAUACUUGGAGACAUAUAUAGCUAUGGGGUACUCUUGUUGGAGAUGUUUACUGGAAAAAGACCUACCGACGACAUAUUCAAAGAUAGUUUGAGCAUUCAAAAGUUCACUGCAAUGGCUUUGCCGGAACGUGUUAUGGAUAUAGUGGACUCAUCAAUGCCCUUUGAAGAAGAUGAAGCUGAUGAGGAGACAAAUAACGUUGACAUGGUAGAAAGCUCAAUAAUCAAAAAUGUUGAUCGUCAUUUCAAUGCCGGAAGCAAAGUGGUAGAUUGCUUGAUCUUAGUGCUGCAGAUUGGACUGUCGUGCUCUGCAACAUCACCUCAUGAGCGGUUGCCCACAAAUGAUGUCGCCAACAAAAUGAGGGCAAUUAGAGAUGAAUUUUCCCGGAGUCCAAAGUACAUCACCCGCUAAUGACAAUAUAUAUCUUGCAGGUUAUAGCCUAUAUAUAUCCUAGGUUUGCACCCCAUAUAUAGCAUGUGCAUGUUCAGUGGCUUUAUCUAGUUCUGGGUUCAAACUCUGUAAUUUUGUUGAAUAGAGAGGAUAGAAAGUUGUUUAUAAAAGAAAAUAUAAGAAUGUGACAUGGUGAGAAUCUCUUUCCUGAGGAAUAUUUUUGGCCAUCUUUAACAUGAACUUUGAGCUGGUUCCAAUAUUGUG